UCCGGGCUUAGAUAGAUCGUACGUAAAAGAGAGCCAAAAGGAACGGAGUCACAGGACAUAGGAGUAUGCAGUUAUGUCGCAUUUUGUAGUGGCAGUACAUUGUGGUGCAGGAUACCAUUCAGUACAAAAAGAAGAUGCUUAUGUGAAACUCUGUAAAUCUACAUGCCUAAAGGUGUAUCAUCUUCUGGAGAAGGGGAGGGGUGCUGUAGAGUGUGUGACAGAGGCAGUUAAAUCUUUGGAGGAUUCAUUGUUGACCAAUGCAGGCGUGGGAUCCAGUCUAAACAUUAAUGGCUGUGUGGAAUGUGAUGCUUGUAUUAUGGAAGGAAAGAAGCUGGUGUUUGGAGCAGUGGGGGCCAUUUCUGGUGUCAAGAACCCAGUAGAGGUGUCGGCCACGCUGGUUAACAGACAGUUGGGGGACAAAUUGUCCUUAGGGAGACUUCAUCCCAGUGUUCUUGUAGGUGAUGGAGCUAAACAAUGGGCUGAAGAAAACGGAAUAAAAACUUUGGAAACUAGACAUCUAAUUACAGAUGAGGCACGGAAAACUUACCAGAGUCACAAAAGGAAACUGGACAUUGUAAAUGAGAGAGACAGCAGCAAGAAAAUGAAGUUAACCGAACAGAGAGAAGACAAAACAGAGGAAAGUUGUGAUGUAGAGGAGGAAGAGAAGAUACAGGACACCGUGGGAGCUAUCGUCAUGGAUACCAGUGGUAACAUAGCAACAGCGGUGUCCAGUGGUGGGAUUUCUCUCAAACAGUCAGGAAGGCUUGGCCCUGCAGCAACCUAUGGUGCAGGAUGUUGGGCCUACAAUCAGAGACCAGGAAAACCAGGGGUGGGAACCAGUACAUCAGGAAGUGGUGAACACAUUAUGAAGACAUUACUGGCCAGAGAGAGUGCCUUGUCUAUACAACAGGAAGAUAAUGCUAGUCUUGGAUUGUCCAACUGUUAUAAAAAUAACUUCUUAGAGUCUGAGUUUUUAGAGGAAGAGGAUGACAAGUUAGCUGGUGUGCUGGCUCUCAAACAGAAUGAGGAGGAUACAGUGGAAGUAUUAUGGGGUCACACAACAGACAGCAUGUGUGUGGGGUAUAUGUCUUCUUCACUGAAGAAACCAAAGGUUGUCAUGUCUCGUCUACCAGAAGGUGGGAUACCUGGGAAAUCUUUCACCAUGUCUGGAGUGUCCAUAUGAGAGGAUGCCAAAUAGAAUGUCCUCACAAACCAAGUAUUGUGUGUCGUUACAUAGAGACCAGGGAAAUCCCUCACCACGUCUACAGGGGCUGAGAGGAGCCUUGUCAUAGCGAGGAAAGUCCCUCACCAUGUCUGGUGUAUCAAAACGUGUUGAUAUGCAGGGAAUGGAAGAGGAUUCUUUGACAAGUGAUCAUAUGGAAAACAUAAAGGAAAACCAGGGAAAUUUUUCCCACCUCUUUUUGUUCGUUCUAGGUGACAAAACAUAUAAUGCAAUUAUAUUUUGUUUGAUUUUGUUAGACUUUUUGUCUCUGGUUUUGAGAAUUUAACAAAGAUUCGAAUUAACCUAAAAGUUAAUAAAUCAUUCUUGUCAAAAUUGGUUGUUGGUUACUAAAAAUAAAUCCCCUCCAAACAAUUACAGUGUCAGUCAUAAAUAUUCAACUUCAACAAUAACCUGGUCACUUGUCUGUUGUUUAACCUUUCGAGAAUUUUUUACUCGUAUGGAGAUGCCUAUAUUUGCUGAGGGAGGGCAGAAAAUUCUGCCUUAUACUGGGCACUUACAGCAUAAUUAAAAAAAAUAUUAGUAAAGUAUUAAUAAUCUGAAUAAGCUACUGCCGAAAAGAAAAUCUCAGGGUAAAAUAAGGCCAUUUCAAGUUUUUUCUCUGUUUAGCAUCCACCCAUAUUUCAAGAACCUAGCUACCUAUUUGCAAAAAACACACAAGUCAAAAAAAAUUAAACACAUAUCUUAUAGUAGU